CCGUGAGCUGACUUUGCCCCGCCUCUUCAUCAUAUGUGCACCGACGUCAGCGCGUAGCAUGAUCUCCGUUGCUCCGUCCGCAGGCUCCAUCUCCAACCGGUUUGACCACCGUGAACUCAACACCGACAGAGCCCGGGCUUUAGCAGCAUAAACACUCGCCUUUUCAGCAAAUCACCAUCGGACAUGGCAGCAGCCUCCUCCAGUCAGUGCAGUUACAGUUAUGAAGAGUACAAAGAGACUGCGGACUGGUUGCUGUCGCAAACAGAGAAUCGUCCUAAAGUGGCCAUCAUCUGUGGUUCAGGCCUGGGCGGUCUGGCCGAGCUGCUAGAUGACAAGAACAUAUUCCCAUAUAAAGAUAUUCCACGUUUCCCCACCAGCACUGUGCAGGGUCAUUCAGGCCAGCUGGUGUUUGGAAAGCUGAACGGCCAUGAGUGUGUCUGCAUGCAGGGUCGAUUUCACUUCUACGAGGGCUACAAUAUUCACACGGUGACAUACCCAGUGAGAGUCUUCUUCCUGCUUGGCGUGGAAAUUCUGAUCGUCACAAAUGCUGCCGGCGGCCUCAAUGGUAGUUACAGUGUGGGCGACAUCAUGCUAAUCAAGGAUCACAUCAACAUGCCUGGCUUUGCUGGUCAGAAUCCUCUGUGUGGACGCAAUGACACAAGGUUUGGAGUGCGUUUCCCUUGCAUGUCUGAUGCAUAUGACAGAGAGCUCAGGGUCCUGGCUAAGGAAACAGCGGAGGAGCAUGGCUGUGGGAGCUUCCUCCAGGAAGGCACUUACUGCAUGCUGGCUGGACCAACAUACGAGACAAUUGCGGAGUGCAGAGCUCUGCAGAAGCUCGGGGCUGACGCUGUGGGUAUGAGCACCGUUCCUGAGGUGGUGGUGGCUCGUCACUGCGGACUGCGUGUUUUGGGUCUGUCCCUUAUCACCAACAAGGUUGUGAUAGAUUAUGACAGCAGUGAAAAAGCAAACCACGAGGAAGUGCUGAAGACAACCGAGCAUCGGGCCAAGGACCUUCAGAGGCUUGUUGGUCAUCUUAUCCCUAAGCUCUAAUAUCUUUCGAUCAGAGAUCUGCUCUAACAACAAAAAGCACUAUAGUUUCUUAGCUUUGAUCAAAAGGUGCAAAUGGGAAAUCUUCAAAAAUACAAAUACUUUUACACAUUAUGAGCCUGCAUAAUGAUCUUUAGCAGUUCAAAGGUUGCAAGUAUAUAAAGAAGGGUUCUAUGGGGCAUAUAUACAUAUAUAUAUGCAUAAUCUAUUUGCUUGCUAAUGGCACUGCUACUCCAUGUAUGAUUUAAGAUUUAAGACUAUUUACUGCUAGACUAUUUGCUGCUAUUUACAGGAGUGAAGGGUGAUUAUUUGUAGUUAACAAUGCACACGGCUAAAAACAUUGUGAAAACAAACAAAUGUUAUUACUUUAACAACAACUGUCCUUUUAUGUGUACCAAGCAAGAACUGACCCACGAUUAGCUCUAGAACAAGUUUGUUCAGAAAACCAAAGAAAAGUGAAGAAAAUUAUUUUUUAAACGUUUCAGUCUGUUGUUUUGGAAAACUUCAGUACCUACCGAGACAUUCUGGAACAGCCUUUCACCUUAUUUUUAUCUUUAAUUAUAUGGCUGUGGAACAUAAAACAAGCCAGAAUUGAAGAUAGGUCAUUUUGGAAAUGCCUGUUUUGCACAGCUAAAAUUAUGUUUUUUCAUUUUAAAAAUGAAAUGCUCACCUGACCAUCUUUUUGUCACUGGUUAAGUCCAGACAUGGGACCAGAUUGAAAUAAGAAUCUAUUAACUUAAAAAAUAUAUCUUUGAUGACCUGUUUGAUAGUUUUUGCACAUUAAUGGACAUCCUCUGCAGCUUCUCAUCUCAGGUUUUACUGUUGCAUCUUUUAUAUACUGUCUAAAGUAAUCUACAUCAAGUUGCACUUGUAUCGCUGGUGGUACGGCUCUGUAACACUGAUCACCAUGUGUGUCAUCAGAGAAAUGUCUGGGAACAGAAAUAAGAAAUUUAGGGGGAAGCUGAAUUUUGUUUUUGGGAAGUUCAUUCUUUGUAGUACAAUUGGUGAUGGUGAAAACAUUUUAAAUUACCACUCAGAAACUGCACAUGCAAGAACAACAACAGGAACACAGUAAUGUUGUCCACAGUCGUAAUAUUUCUGUUCUGACAUCCGUACUGCAGGACUACUGUGUCAUUCGUCCUGGGCUGCCUUAAAUAAUCAAGCCUCUAAAUUGUUUGACAUAUUUGAUGGCUAAACUUGUGUACUAGAUUGAGUGUAUUGGUUGUAAUACAUAUAAGACUUUAUGCACGCUUUAUAGAUCUCGUUUGCCUGUAAGGAGAGUAAAUUUACAAGUCAUAUUACAAGUUUGGAGAUAAUUUUAGAUCAUAUUGUAUAGCCAUCUGUGGACUUUAGCUAAAAUAGAGCUAAAGAAAGCAGUGUGUUACCACCAAAUUAGAAAAGUGACUCUACACUAAACUAGCUGUUAUUUACAGGAGUGAAGGGUGAUUAUUUGUAAUUAACAAUGCACAAAAGUACUUAUUUUUGCUCUAAAUCAGUGUAAAUCGCACAAAGUAAUUUAUUGAUGAAUGCAUUUAUAAUUAAAAUAUAUAGCAAAAUAUUUUUUUUCUUUAGAAUUGAAUUAAGAGCUGAAUCAGUUUUAGAACACUUACCAGAAAGUGGAAAGGCUUCUUGUUAGUGAUUUUAUAAUAAUCUUCAAUAACUCACUGAAAUGAAAAGCUACUCUCAAUCACUACAAUUUACUUAUAUGGAGGUACAGCUGCUGGGAUCCAAUUUGCACACUAAGCAAAGACAACACUGUAAUAACAGGAAGGAGAUAUAGUACCCCAACCUGCAGUUUUCAAUCUGCUCUGUACUGCCUUGGAAACACUUGCCAGCUUUCCUUGACUGUCUCAUUCAUUAGAGCUGAAAAGGGCAAGAAAAAUACAGGAUCAGCAGUCAACCUCUUAAACCAUUUGGAUCAGGCAGAACACCAGGACACUAAUGGAAGUCUUAAAGGGGAAUUAUACUCAAAAGGAAACAAACAAGUUGCCCUUUUUCAAGAGGAACAGUUUAUCUUUUGUCAGGGGUAUGUAUGAACACAAAUCAGAAAGGUGCUAUUUUCUGUAAAUAAAUAUGUAUGACUCAAAGUUUUGAACCAUUUUAGUCUUAUUUUCAUCCAUCCAUCCAUUUUCUAACACCCUUGUCCCUAGUGGGGUCGGGAGGUGCUGGUGUCUAUCUCCAGCUAACGUUCUGGGCGAGAGGCGGGGUUCACCCUGGACAAGUCGCCAGUCUUUCGCAGGUCUUAUUUUCAUAUUGCUCUGUUUUUAAUUGUACUAGAACUGCUUUGUGUGUUUCUAACUCUGCUGACUGUAUCUAGCACUCAGGUUUAAAACCAGUUCACUUACAUUUUAAUGUACACAAUGACAAUGUUCUUGAAAAAUGUUGCUGCUUUCAAAUAAUAAAAAGAAAAUAAUGCAGAA